AUGGCAGCACUGACUGAUGAUGCCGACUACGAUGCCGGCGAAACGUCUGAGAAUGUACCAAGUCCACUGUCUGGUGCUGGGAAUCAUGACAACUACUAUGGCAAACGAUUUUGGACUAUCUGCGUUCUACCAAGUCGCCCUGACAACAAGACCAAUCUCUCUGCUCUGACUUGGACUCAAAAGCCAGUGAUGUCCGAACUCGAGCACUUUCCUCCUGCAAGUCCACUUAUUCGGCUGUACCUCUCUUCUCUCCGGUAUGCCAGUCCUCUCACCAGCCUUUUAAUUACUUGGAGUCUCAAUGCAGUCAACCGUCCACCUCUUUUCCUCACCACGAUGCAGCCAAUCCUAGCCCAACCCCACCUCAAUUUGUCCCCUCUGGCUCUAUGGCCGUGCGCCACUUCUGCUACUGACGGCGGUGCUGAGCUGUCGGAAGAUCGGACAACAGAAAUUGAUGCCAGCGAAGAGGAAGUGGAUGAAGAUGAGGAUGAUGCCAGCUUCCGUCCGCUCUCUUUGGUUGCCAAGCCAGAGUCAUGGGGUCAAGCUGGUCCUGCAGAAUCUCUCAGUUUCCCAGUGGAGUUGGGCUCCUCUUGCAGUGCAUUUUCGGAUGCAGACGUGGAAGUCCAGGAGCCGAAAGAGGAGGAAUUCCAUUGCUAUUCAUUACAGUCUACACUAGAGACUGACAUUGGCAAUUGUCCAACUUCGGUACACAAUGGUCUCGCUCAAGAGAUACAAGGUUCUAGAGGCAAGUCCUUUGCCCAUUUCGCUAAUGACUUGGGCUUAGAAGAGAACUUAAGACCAUUUUGGCUGGAAUCAGUCCCUUAA